AUGGCGCGUAAUGAUGAUAUCCCUCAGAACCAAGUAAUAUACCAUAAAGGGACCCAUACGGUAGAAUACAUCGAUGGGAAGAUAGUAAAGAGCGGGGAGGAUUUCAAGAUCUACGAGGCCCUUUCGCUCAUCUUCAUCAAUGACAAUACAGAGAUCCCGGUUCCAAAAGUCCGUAGCAUCCACUACGGAGACAAAAGGCUCGACGUCCGCUAUGAUGGGGAAGGCAAAUCAACCAACAUCCACUUGAAAAACGGUAAAGUGUUCGAGCGAAAGAAUGAUGAACAAGGGCUACCAAUUUUGGUUCAUUGGAAAAACGAUCAAGUCGACAAGAUCACCAUGGACUUUGUGGAGGGUAAAGCACUUGACAUGGUGUGGAUGGACUUCACUAAGGCCCAACAAGGUGUUCUCGCCGAGGAUUUGAGGCGGUAUGUCACCGAGCUUCGUAAGCUUAAGGGUACAUAUAUUGGGGCCCUGAAUGAUGGGCCAGCAAGGAUCAUAUCCAAUUUCCAACAACUUAAAGAGGUCGGGCCAUUCAAUUCUAGGAAGGAAUUCAACAGUUCCCUUAGCGAAAACAGUGUGGCUACGAUGAUAUGUCCAUCACAGGACGAUUCAUCACAAGAAGACGACUCUUCACAGGACGACGAUCCACCACAGAAACACGAGGACUUUUUUUUCACCCAUGGCGAUAUUGUGCCACGCAAUAUCCUUGUCAAUGGUCAGGGAAAGAUCACUGCCCUGGUGGACUGGGAGUUUGCUGGGUAUUAUCCCCAGUACUGGGAGUAUAGCAAGGCCAGUCGCGAUCCUACGACAGGUUGGAAGAAUUUUCUUUGUAAUGAGGUUUUCUGUGAAAAAGAAGAUUGGGUCUAG